AGAGCUGAAAAUCUUAUAAACAGACACAGCUGAUGAGAUCUGUUCAUAACCUCCACUGAAUAUCUUCAUUAAAUCUGUUCUUAUUGAAACAGCAGGAUGAAGAAGACUUUCACAAUCAUUAUUUUAUUUCUUGUGUGUGAAGGUGUGUUUGGUGAUGAUGUGAAGUCAGUGUCAGUGAUGGCUGGAGAUUCAGUCUCACUACAAACUGAUCUCCCUGAUCUAAAGGAGAAUGACGUGAUCUGGUGGAGGUUUGGAGAAGGUGAAUCUAAAGAUCUUUUAGCUGAAAUUGUUAAACAUAAGAUCUGGUAUGCACGUGGGAGAUUCAGAGACAAACUGCAGAUAUCAGGCAGUCAGACUGAUCUCACUAUCAAGAACAUGAAGAUCAAAUACUCUGGACUCUAUGAAGCAGAGAUCAACAUUGACACUGGAACACUAUACAAGAGAUUUAAUGUUACUGUCAUGGAGUCUCCUCCUGUUAUUAAUUCUGGACCAAGUGAAUUGGCAUCUUUUACAGUGACGGAGGGUGAAUCUGUUGUUUUACCUUGUAAUGUUCAAACACAGACAGAUGAUCUGAUACUGUGGAGGUUUGGAGAUGAAAGUGCUCUCAUAGCUGAAGUUGAUAUGGAGGACAAAAAGACUUCAGUAUUUGAUGGUGCUGAUGGGAGUUUCAGAGACAGAUUGAAGAUGAAUGAUCAAACUGGAGAUCUCAUCAUCACUGAAAGCAAACCUAAAUACACUGGAGUUUAUCAACUAAAGAUCAGCAGCAACAAACAAACUUUAUACAAGACAUUCAAUGUUAUUGUCAGGGAUUCAGGUCUGUCGUCAGGUGUUACAGCAGGAUUAUGUGUUUUUUUCCUCCUGGUUAUUGCUGCUGUUAUUGCUGCUGGUUUGAUUUUGUAUCGCCGCAAGAUCUCUGAACUUAAACGUAAGUUCAAUCUUCAGUUGAUACAGCAAUAA